GGACGGACGGACAGAAGGAAGGAGGGAGCACACAUAAGGGGGGCUGAGGGAGGGAAAGGAUACGGAAGGAUCUUAAAGCCAUUUCCUUUCUUUUUCACUCCCAUUUGAAUGUAGCAUCCCUUCAUUGGUGACAGGAACAUCACGUCCACAUCCACUGCAGCUUUUGGAGUCCGAAAGUGAGGGGAUACCAUGGAAGCCCCUCUCGUGUGUUUGGAUGAGGAGUUUGAGGACCUCCGGCCUUGCCGUACGGAUGAGUAUGACCGCCCGGCGGUGCUCAAGCACCCCUCUUACACCACCACCACCACCGUGGUCCCGCUGGUCUCCAUCACCCGAGAGGACUUCUCUGAGCUGGAGAACUUUUCCGAGAUGAUGAGCUUCAAGUCUAUGGAGGACCUGGUCAACGAGUUUGAUGAGAAACUCAACGUCUGCUUCCACAAUUACAACACCAAGACCGAGGGCCUGGCGCCGAUACGCAACCAGUCGCAAAACCAAGAGGAGGAGGAGCGCCUCCGGGAUGAAGAUGUGUGGGAUGCUCUAACUGACAAUUACAUUGCUGCAUGGGACGGUCCAGACUCGGAAGGAUUCAACGCCAAUUUUUCUGACAAAGAGAUCCACGAAAAAGAGGAGGAAGAAAUGAAUGAGAAGAACGACAAUGCCAAUUGUCUGAACGAAGAGCCUCUCAUCACAGCAGAUCAGGUCAUUGAGGAGAUAGCAGAGAUGAUGGAAAACUCCCCGGACCCCGGUGAAACCGAGGAAGAGGACGAGGAGGAGAGCAGUCGUUGCUCCUCCAGGACUCAGCCUUCCCUGCUGGAGGAGAUCCGACAACUGUCCCGAGCCUCGAACAACAACUGCUCUUAUGAAGGCCUGAGUCUGAUGCCCGGCUCCACGCUAGUGGAACUCUUGCACCGCGUGGAAGCCGCCAUCCGAGAGUACUCGGAGGAACUGGUCAGUCAGCUGGCACGGCGCGACGAGCUGGAGUUUGAGAAAGAGGUGAAGAACACCUUCAUCGGUGCCCUGAUGGACGUGCAGAAUAGGCAGAAGGAGCAGCGAGAUAAUAGCAAGCGCCGACGCCGGGACAAAGCUUUGAGCCUGCAGGGAGGAGUGGCUCUGGUGCCGGUGCCGGCGCCGGCCAACGCGGCCCAUACUGGCACCGCUGCUCGUGCCGACAAGACGCCGAGCAUGCCCGUCAAGCGCUUCAGUAUGGAGGGACUAUCCAACAUCCUUCAGACGGGCAUAAGACAGACUUUUGGAAGCACAGGCAAUGAGAAACAGUAUCUGAACACAGUCAUUCCUUAUGAGAAGAAAAGCAGCCCACCCUCUGUUGACGACCUGCAGAUGCUAACAAAAAUUCUUUUUGCCAUCAAAGAAGACAGCGAGAAGGUGCCUACGCUGCUAACUGACUACAUAUUAAAAGUUUUGUGUCCUACCUAAAGCUUGGUACCGGCAGUCAGGCGGGCAGUCAGUCAGUCAGUCAGUCAGUCCGACAGGCAGGCAGGCAGGGGCGGGGCCACGGUGUGAACUCCUCCUUUUCCCGCUGGCCUGCUCGCAGCAUGACCCUUCUCCUCAUCGGUGGCUAUUCCGCCGCCGCCGCCACCGCAACAAACAUCAACCUUCUAUUCACCUCACCUAUGACGAUUGCUUCUUGCUGAGCUCAUCCUCGCACUUAAUCAUGCUUUAGCCUGCCACUGAAAUAUUUCAAGCGGGACGGCCAGAUCCCUCCCUCUUUUAAAGGACUUCACUCAUGGAGCAUGACACACACACACACACACUCACACACAACAUGGUGUUUCUGCAUUGUAUUCCUCUGUUUUCCUUCUUCUUUAUUCCAGUCAUGAGAGUACAUUGCAUUGAUAAAUGCCGCCACCACCCCGAGCUGUAUUGUUUCAAUUUCUUUGACUACAUAAGCCAUGCACUGUUUUCUGAUCACUGUAGCGGACGGAAUGAAAGAGAAAGCCAUCAAGUCAGGUGCAGUGCAUUCUUUCGUAGCUUUUCUAAUCUCUUUUCAUUUGUCUCAAACAUUUGAUAGAAACGGAUUUUUCUACUUUGAUUUGAUGUCGCCAGAGUGACAGCUGCUGCUGCUGCUGCUGCUGCUGCUGCUGCUGCUGUGUAUUCCGUAUUAAUCCGUCCGUCCGUCCGUCCACAGUUGACCUUGGCUAGCGAGCCACCCUUGGUCAAUUAAGGUGCACACAUUGGCAUAUGUGAUGUGUAAAUGAAUCUUACAUUGUUAAAUUGCAAAUUCUAAUAAACAUGCUACCCUAA